AUGAGACUAUUGAGACACUCGGCUAUAACAGCCCACGCCCGCAACCUCAACCCCUCGCGCAUUCAUCGCAGAGCGUUCACGGCAACUCAUAACCCGCAAGCUCAGUCUCAAGCGCAGGAAUCAGCAGCAGGAACCUCAUAUUACGCCAACAACGGUAACACAAACUCGCAAACACCGACCAAGGGACAGCAUACCCUCGACUCGCCAGAACAACAGCAGAAAGACACCUCUCACAACAACCCCCUCAAGUCCGCCAAAGACCACACGCCCAAGCUCAAAAUGUCACAAAAACUCAUCCCCCAGAACCCGGCGGACGUGAUGGUCAUCCGCGACCUCACCCCAAACAUCACAACCUUCUCCGUCCCCUUCUCCCGCUUCGGCUCCAUCAAGAUCGGCGGUCGCGCCACCCUCGUCCGCCUCACCUCGGGCUCCCUCGCCGUCUUCAGCCCCGUCGCCCUCACCGACGCCGUCAAAGCCAAGAUUGCCCAAAAGGGCGGCAACCUCGCCUACAUCAUCGCCCCGGACAUGGAGCACCACAUCUUCAUCUCCGAGUACAAGGCCGCCUACCCGCAAGCCAAGAUCAUCGGCCCCGACGGCCUGCCCCAAAAGCGCGCCAAGCAGACGGGCGACCCCAAAAUCAACCCGUCGGACGAGUUCUUCGUCACCUUCAAGGACGGCGCCGAGAAGCGGAGCACCACCAUCACGCCCGAAUUCGACGCCGACUUCGAGUACGAGUACGUCGACGCCCACGCCAACAAGGAGCUCGUCUUCUACUUCAAGCCCGAGCGCGUCCUCAUCCAGGCCGACCUGCUCUUCAACUUGCCCCCGCGGGAGCAGUACUCCAAGGCGUCCGAGGCCGAGCGGGACACCUCCUCCGGCUUCGGCAACAAGCUCUUUGGCGGCCUGCAGACCACCGAGGGCGACGUCAAGUGGGUCAGGCGCUUCCAGUGGUAUGUGAUGAGCAGCAGGGACAGGCCGAGCUUCAACGAGAGCAUCCAGAGGAUCGACGCGUGGGACUUUGACACUCUUAUCCCCUGCCACGGAGACACCAUCGAGGGCGACGGAAAGGAGAGGUUUAGAAAGGUGUUUGAGUGGCAUCUGGCUGGUGCGAAGAAAUAG